AUAGAAAAAGCGAAGCUCUUAUCGCUUUAUAGAAAAAGCGUACAAGUACAUUAUGCAUUAAGACUUGUACAUCAUCACUAGCAAGACUUCAAACAAUGAGCUGGAGAUUGCUAUUAAUAACGAACAACAAUCGAACCACUCCUAUUCCUGUAAAGCUCACUCGAUCCCCCUUUUCCCUUCUUCCAUUUUCAAUUAAACGACAUAAAUCUCUGAAUUCUGAUCAUCAUAAAUUUCUCAUCUUUUCCCCCUUCUAAUCAUUAAUUUAUUCAUGGCGUCUUCUUCUCUCUAUCUCCUCUUCAUUCUCUCUCUUCUAUCUUCCCAUUCAUCUUCUUCUCAAACCACCCUCACACUUUCUCCCACACCCAUCUCCAUUGCACCUUCUCCACAAUCCAACCACCACCAUCCAUGGCUGCAGACCUUGAAUUACCUUGCUUCUUCUUCUCUAGCCAGAGCCCACCAUCUCAAACACCCUAAAGACAACUCUUCUCAAAUUCCUCUAUUUCCUCAAAGCUAUGGCGGAUACUCUGUUUCUCUCAGUUUCGGUUCACCCCCUCAGAAACUCUCCUUCGUUAUGGAUACCGGAAGCAGUCUUGUUUGGUUUCCAUGUACUCAUCGGUAUCAAUGUUCUGACUGUCAAUUCUCCAAUGUUAAUCCGAACAACAUCUCCAGAUUCAUCCCCAAACUCUCGUCUUCGUCUAAGAUUAUCGGGUGUUCCAACAAGAAAUGCGGGUGGGUUUUCGGGUCAUCCAAUCCAAUUCAGUGUAAUGGUAAAGAGAUUUGUCCAGCUUAUAUGCUUCAGUACGGGUCCGGGUCGACAGCUGGGUUAAUGCUGUCUGAGACGCUGGAUUUCCCUGAAGGUGAUGUGACUGAUUUCGCUGUCGGAUGCUCCAUUUUAUCAACCCGACAACCAUCGGGUAUCGCCGGGUUUGGGCGUGGACCUGCUUCUUUACCCGUUCAAAUGGGUCUGAAAAGAUUCUCGUAUUGUCUCGUUUCUCACCGCUUUGACGACGCUCCGGUCAGCAGCGAACUUGUUCUCGUUCGGGAUUCUUCAAAUUCCGGCGGCAGUGAUGCCGGAAUCAGCUACACCAAGUUCCAUAAGAACCCGGUGUCUUCCCGGUCAUCUUUUCAGGAUUACUACUAUGUAAACCUCCGGAAAAUCACCGUCGGCGGGAAAACCGUAAAGAUACCUUAUGGUUUUCUGGUACCGGGAUCUGACGGCAACGGCGGAACCAUCAUUGAUUCCGGCACCACCUUUACGUUUAUGGACAAUCACGUCUACGAUCUGGUAGCAAAAGAGUUUGAAAAUCAAAUGUCAAAGUACAAGAGGUCUGGCGAGAUGGAGAGUAAAAGCGGGUUACGGCCUUGUUUUGACAUCGGCGAUAAACCAGUGAAGAUUCCGGCGUUAAUGUUUCAUUUCAAAGGCGGUGCUAAAUUAUCACUGCCGCUGGCAGAUUACUUUUCGUUCAUGGGGGAGUCCGACGUGGUGUGUAUGACGAUUGUUUCAAGCGAAUCAAUCGGGUCGGAUACAAGAAUCGGGCCAUCAAUAAUCCUAGGAAACUACCAACAGCAGAAUAUAUACCUGGAGUACGAUUUGGAAAAGGGAAGACUUGGAUUCAAGAACCAGAUUUGCAAGUAAAUAAUAUCCGAAAUUUAACCAUUUCAACCAUGAAUCUGUUUUUUUAUAAUUUCAAAAUUUAAUAAUUUGUUCAUUAGAUGGAGAAAAAUGUAAUAAUAAAUUCUUAAAUAGAGGAUUUAAAACGGUUUUAGUCCUUGUAAUUUGUUGUUUCGACAUUUGCUUCGAUCAUAAACGAUACUUACUCUUGUUCUAACUUC